AUGGACUCCAGACGGCCUCGCUCCGGUCAGACCACCGUGUCCGUCAACUUCGAUGACCCAGAUUCCCUCUCUCCCCACCCUCGCAUCAAGUUCGACCUCGCGGAGUGCAUCGAGACCAAGACCAUCACGACGACGACCACCACCAAACGAUCCUACCCGCCUCUCUUAGUAAGGGAGUCGAGACCGCUCCUCUCCCUCGACUCCAAGGAGUUUCCCCUGGCCCAGAAGCCCACCCCUCCCGAGCUGGCCAACUUUACCUUCGACGUCGGUCAUGGUCAUCGCGACCUCCUCUCCUGGCCGGCUGCUACCGACGAGGAAGGCGACGAUGGCGACGAUGGCCUGGAGUGCCAAGACGUGCGUUUCCUCUGCCAUCCGGAUUCCCUUGUCUUAGAUUCUAACCACGCCACAUUCCAGUCUCUGCAAUUCACUAGUGAUGAAUCGAGUCAAGAGCUCAAGACAGAGCCCGUCUUGGAUAUGUCCCAUGUCGAUGCUCGUCGACGGGCUUCCAAGCAUUACGCCACCCAGUCGUCCUCCCGAAAAGCCCAUAAGAUGGCUUCAAGAUCGGCCUCGCCCAUCGUCAGCGGAUCAGUCAGGAAGAGCUCUCAGAGGUCAUCUAUCCGAUCCCGCGUCCCGGCUCUUCCUCAUGCCGUCACUGACAAGUUACGGCGCGCCUUCAGCACUUCUCGUGGCGACAAGGACAAGGACAGAGCUCUUAGACCUACCAGUGGAUUUCCCGUCACCCCCGAUGCAUCGGAACUUCCAUCUGCUCACUCAAACCGUCCCUUGAAGUUACGCCGAUCCAACCUCGACUCCUUCGAGACGCCCGAGUCCGAUCCCACCCAGUCACAAUCCUUCUUCGACAUAUCGAGUCCCUCUGGCAGCGACUCACAUACCGUCUUCAGCAGUAAUGUGGCUACUCCCCCCAUUACUGAUGCAGACGCCGAGCCCUUCACCGAUGCCGACGAGUCUCUGCAGCAGUCGAUCCGAGCGCUACACCACACAAGACCCAUCAACACCAUCGCUGCCCAGGACGCCAGCCUCCCAAGCCCACGUCUGUCCCCGACUUUGCAAGCAUCCCAGUUACAUCCGGCCGAUCGUGGGGAUGACGAUGGUAAUGUUGACGAGGAUAUCUCUGUCACCCUUGGAGAAGACAGCCAGGACCUCAUCGACGAUGAAUUGGGUCCAUCCUCUGCCGUCACGCGGUACGGAGAUGCUUCUCCGAGUCCGACCACCUUCAUGGACAGUCGCUUGAUGUUGGAGUCUUUUGACGCCAUGCCGGCUGAGAUGAAGUCUUUCAUGAUGUAUCAGUUCCUACGCCGCUGUUCUAGAAAGACUCUACACCUCGUUGCCGACGUCGUUAACCCGGCCCUGAAGUGCGAUAUCCUGAAGGAUCUGCCACUGGAGCUAACGCUGCAUAUACUAUCGUAUCUUGACCACCGCGACCUUUGUUGUGCAGCCCAGGUGUCAAAACAUUGGCGAGGCGUCAUUGACAGCAACGAGACCGGCUGGAAAGAGCUUUUCGACCGGGACGGCUUCGCUCUGGCUCCAGGCGAGCUUGACAGGGCCAUCAAGGAGGGUUGGGGCUGGCAAGAUCCCGUGGGCCCGGAGGGUUGCGAGCGCGAUUACAGCUUGCAGAACCGACUCACCGAGACGGAGACGGAACUUCGAUCUGCGUCGAAGAUUGAUACGCCGCCCCAGAAGGUGCGAUCUUCCAAGCGUAAGAGAGCUUUGAACAACCUCAGCUCCGACCGGUCGAAGCGAAGGGCCAGUGCCCAGGACAACGUCAAGGUUGAGAGGACAUAUACGGGUGCGAAAGUACACAGAUCGGAAGGGCCAAUCUCAGCUGCCAAUGCUGCCGCCGUCGCCGUGCCCGACCCUCAUAUCGGUCUGGCAAGCUUGAGAAAGCUCCAUCUCUUCAAAUCGCUCUACCGACGUCACUACAUGAUUCGCAAGAGCUGGACCAGCGGCAAAGUCAAGCCUAGUCACGUCGCGUUCGCCGCCCAUCCGAGACACGUCAUCACCUGCCUGCAGUUUGACGAGGACAAGAUCAUUACCGGCAGUGAUGACAUGCUCAUCCACGUCUACGACACCAAGACCGGCAAGCUCCGCAAACGUCUGGAAGGGCACGAGGGCGGCGUUUGGGCCCUGCAAUACGAGGGCAAUGUACUGGUGUCUGGCUCGACGGAUCGUUCCGUCCGAGUGUGGGACAUCGAGAAAGGCCUCUGUACGCAGGUCUUCUAUGGUCACACUAGCACUGUCCGAUGCCUGCAGAUCCUGAUGCCAACCGACACUGGAAAGGUCGAGAACGGAAAGGCCGUUAUGAUGCCUUCGAAGCCCCUGAUCAUCACCGGAUCUCGGGACAGUCAGUUGCGCGUGUGGCGCCUCCCUGAGGCCGGCUCGAGAAGGUAUAUCCAGACCGGCCCGCCCGCCAACGAUGCUGACUGCCCUUACUUCAUCCGUACCCUCCAAGGUCACAGUCACUCGGUACGGGCUAUCGCCGCGCAUGCCGACACCUUGGUGAGCGGGAGCUACGACAACACCGUCCGCGUAUGGCGUAUUAGUACGGGAGAAACGGUGCACGUCUUGCAAGGCCAUUUGCAGAAAGUGUACAGUGUGGUUCUGGAUGUUGCUCGGAACCGCUGCAUAUCGGGCAGCAUGGACAGCUUCGUCAAAAUCUGGGAUCUGGAAACCGGGUCCCUUCUGCAUACGCUCGAAGGCCACUCCCUACUUGUUGGCCUGCUCGAUCUCCGCGAGGAGCGCCUGGUGUCGGCGGCGGCGGAUAGCACCCUGCGAAUCUGGGAUCCCGAGAGCGGACGAUGUCAAUCAACGCUGACGGCACAUACGGGUGCGAUUACAUGCUUCCAGCAUGAUGGACGCAAAGUUAUUAGUGGUAGCGACCGUACCCUCAAGAUGUGGGACAUCCGCACAGGCGAAUGCAUCGACGACCUGCUCACAGAUCUUAGUGGGGUCUGGCAGGUUCGGUUCGACGAGCGACGUUGUGUGGCUGCCGUACAGCGUGAUAACCUGACAUACGUCGAGAUUCUUGACUUUGGCGCCGUUCGUGAUGGGAAAGCGCCUGAGGAGCUUGGAAAACGGAUCCUGCUCAACGCGCCUGAGGUUCAACGAAUCAUGGAAGAAGAACCCUAA